GGCGCCCGAGGCGCCGACGCGCCGGGCCCCCCCCCCGCCGAGAGAGGACGCCCCCGGGGAGGGUCGCGCGCCAGCGGCGCGGCGAUGGCGCCUGGCUGGCAGGGCCUCACGGGCGGUGAGCAGCUGCUGCUGCAGCUCCUGGCGAGCCUGUCCUCGGUCCUGUCCUGCGUCGGCUGCGUGGCCAUUCUCAGGCCAGUGCUGCGGGAGCACAAGGAGUCGGUGUCGGCGGACAGGCUCGUGAAGAAGCUGCUGGCGGUCCUGUGCGUGCUGUACCUCGGGUGCGGCUUCUUCAUGGCUGGGGGCUGUCUGGUCUCCAACAGCCCGAUCCUGUGCAAGAUCCAGGGCUUUGGUAUCCAGUGGUUCUCGUUGGCGAGCGUGCUGUGGAACUCCUGCAUGGCCUUCAACAUGUUUUUAUGGGUAGUGUUAAAGAAGCCCGUCCGUGUGCUCAAACAGAUGAUCAAGUUCUACCUGGAAGGCCGUCGGAUUUUGGCCGUCUUGCUGCUGAAUGGCGGAGUCAUGGGCCCUGGGCCGAUCUGGUGCUGGAUCUCGGAGGAGCACAGCGGCCUCAGGUUCGCUUGCUUCUACCUGGUCCUCGGCCUGGCGUGGCUGUUCAACGCUCCAGUGAUCGUGGCCGUGUCCUUCCAUACCGUGUGCCGGCAGCAGACGAGGCUGGGCCAGGAGGCCGCAAGGUUCCUCUGCGUACAGCAGACGCUGCUGAUGGUGGUGUUUGUUCUCUGCUGGAUGUUCGGCCUGGUCUACGAGAUCUGCGAGUGGACCGGCCGCCGGGGCCCUCUCUGGACCCUGUGCUUGCACGCGGCCUUCGCGCCCCUUCACGGCGGCUGCACUGCGCUCGUGUACGUGGGCCUGCGUUGCCUGCUCCGCGUGCACACGGCCCAGGUGGCCCAGGCGAUCGAGGAUCGCAAGAUGCAGUUCAGCGGGGGCGCGAACGAGUCGAGGCGCGCCUCCAUCUACGCCGUGACGUACAACCUUGGCGAGACCAGCCUGAGGGCUGCCCGGCCACUAGGCUGCUGGAUACCCCCCGGCCACGACAUAUACAUACUGGCGCUGCAGGAGUGCCAGAUCCCCCUUGAGGAGCUGGAGGUUCACAUCAAGAAUCACUUGCGCUCUGGCGGCACCGAGUACGUGGCGUACCACGAAGCCAUCGGCCACUCCCACAUGGGUUUCCAUGGGCUCAUCGCCGUGCUCGUCUUCGUGCCGAAAGCGGAAGCGGAGAAAGGAGCAUUUGCCGUGAUGCGAAGCAUGCACAACCACGUCAAAGGCGGCGUGAAGUUCGGACCUUACGUCGCCAGCAACAAAGGUAUGGUCGGCUUCGCCCUGCGCUUCUACGGUGUCACUCUGGCGGUGCUUGGAGGACAUCUUGCCUCAGAUAGCAAGGGCCACCACCGAUUGGAAAAGCGUCACAGCUUGAUCCGGGAUGCUUUGCAUAGGAGCGUGCUCACCGACGUCGACGUCAGCAUGGACGUGAACUUGCUUUUCCACCACACGAUCCUGUUGGGGGACCUGAACUACCGUGUCCACGCGAGCCCGGAGGAGAUCCUCGAGAUCGUAGCGAAGGCCUCGCUCGAGGAGCGCAUGCACCUCUUCAAUUCCCCCGACUGGACGCGCAAGCGCUAUAUGCGCAUGGUCCCAGAUGCCAUGCGGCUCCGUAGCGGCCGGUCCGGGAGGCCUGGCGACCGCUACAAGUUCUCCAGCCACCCUGACGCGAUAGAGUUCGACCUCACCUCCGACGAGCUGCACCGGAUGAGCAACUCCACCAGCAGGGAGGCCACCAGUCAGUGGGACCUCCUGAUGGAGAGCGAGGAGCUCACCAUGGCCAUGAGAGAUCAGGUGGUGCUGCACAACUUCCAGGAGCAUCCCAUCCGGUUCCCGCCCUCCUUCCGCCGGGCGAGGGGCGAGGACGCAGGAGACUGCGGCGACUACUGCGACGUGGGCCGGCUGCGGUCGGCGUACACCACGAGGGUCAGGGACGGCGGCGCGAGGCGGAAGAGCAAGGACCGGGCAGUGCUCAAGGAGGGCUCCCCUGGAGGCGCGCUCAUUCACACCAGCAGCGGCUCUGACAUCAUGCCCACGGACACCAGGGAGAGCCCCGCGAGCACCGAGGACGCCUCGCUGCGUCCGCCGAGCUACACGGACCGCAUCCUGGCCCACAGCCUCCCGGACUGCAGGAAGGCCCUGGUCUGCCGCGCCUACGAGUUGUGCGACGCCGCCAUGGGCAGCGACCACAGGCCCGUGGCCGCGGUGUACCACCUCAGGUACCAGGCCGACGAGAGGAUGAAGUUCAACAACAUGCAUCUGAUGGAGACCCGGGGCUGGCGGAUCUUCACUGUCAGCGUCGAGAAUGUCGACGUCCACCUGAGGACCGAAGCGCCAUGUCGACUGUCGGACGGCUCAGACUCCCCCCAUCGCAGCAGAAGCAGGGAACAGGUGGUGCCCGAGCCCCUGGACGGCUUCGGUACCCUGGGUAUCAAGUCGGGCACCCUGGGCGCCAGGUCCUCCGCGUUCGGCCCCAGCGCCAGCCUGGACGGCGGCAUCGCCGGCGCCAGGUCAAGCGUGGUUGGGCACUGGACAGGGCUGCUGCCGCAGGUGAGCAGGAUCAACUCCGGGAGCCUGGCGCUCACCAGGAGCAACUCGAAGAACCUCGAAGACGUGAGGUCGCCGGUGCAGCGCGGCAGCAGGUACUCGCUUCUCUACCAGAGGUCGAGGUCGAGGUCCUUCUCGGGCAUGCUGGGCAUGGCCAGUAAAGACUCCGCGCUGGACAUCGAGGUGCUGCUGGACCACGCCGCGCUCACGCUGACGUUCCCCAUCCCUCCAGAGGACCCCCUCGGCAGCGCCGAGCGGCACAAGCUCAUCGCGGAGGAGUCCAUCAGCCUCGACUACAACGAGCGCGGCAGCGUAGAGGCCGCCGAGGGCGGCAUCGUCUGCCAGGGGACAAGGCCGCUGAAGGAGCUGCGGAGCGUGGAGGAGGGCGGAUCCAGCGCGAGCGGCUGCCUGAGGCUCUCUUCGAGGGCCUGCCGGGAGAUGGGCAUGCACGCCGGCAUCAGCCUGACGGGCCCCCAUGGGUGCGCCGUGGGGCAGGCCGUUCUUUGCCUGGCCGAAGCCCUCGACAGCAAGGUCAGCGGGCCGAGGCGCAUGUCCGUGCCCCUCGUCCUCGGUGGGCGCUGCGUGGGGCAGCUGGAGGCGGACGUCUCCGUGUGGGAGGGCGCGGGGGCGCAGCCGCGGGUGCAGGGCAGCGCAGCCGCAGACGGCGCGCAACGGGCGGAGGACGGCGCCUCCGGUGCGGCCCCGGCGGCGGCGCCAGAGGGCCCCAGCUGCCAGGAGGCGGCGGCCGCGCCCCCGCGCGAGCCUCCUGGCGGCCGCGGCGGCGCUCGCAGGAGCUGCAGCGCCCCCGCGGGCCCCUGCGCGGGGCGCGUGCAGCCCGCGGCGCCCGCCGAGGCCCGCGCCGCGCACGGCGCGCCGCCGCAGUGCGCGCCCCGGCCGGCGAGGGAGCCGCGGCUGCUCCCGGGCGGCGCGCGGCUGGCCGGCGGCUGCGCCCCGCUGGCGGAGCUGCUGCAGCCGUGCUGCUCGGCCGUGCGGGGCUGGCGGGGCCGCUCGGAGCAGCGCCGCGGGUGAGCCCGGCGGGGCGUGAGGCGCCUCUGGGAGGCCCCCGGGGCGGGCCGAUCGAGGGCCGUCCGGCGCUGGGCUCCGGGCCUCUCUCUCUCUGCGUGUAUAGGCGUGCGCGGCCCUGUGCAGAGCUUCGGCCGCACGGCUCGUGGCCGGGUGGCAUCGUUCUGCCCUCGCUUCCCUCGCUCGCUUGCUCCUCCGUCCUCCCGCCUGCUUGUCUCUUCCUGCGGGAUGGGUGGAACCACGGCCGCCGCGCCGCGACGGCAUCCCGGCGCCUUGUCGACCCGAUGCUCUCCUCCUCUUCCGAAAG